AUGAACAGUAUUCAAAAUAAUGCAAAACAAUGGACGGUGAGGCAUCCGGGGUGGUUGAUCUUCAUGGUCGACCAGUCGCAUUCCAUGCAGGAUGUGUAUUCCGAGGAAGAAACGAAGGCGGACUUUACCGCCAAGGUCAUCAACAGAACCAUUCAUGAGCUCAUCAACAUGAACCUUGACGGUGAAACUGUUAAGGACAGAAUGAAAAUAGCCGUGGUCGGCUAUGGGGGGCUGGGCGGUGAUUCUGUCCAGAUAAUGCGGGUCGGCAUGCUGAGCAGCUACGCCGACAAUCCGCUCCGUAUCAACAAGGCCAGGCAAAAAGUGGUGAACGGCGACCUUGUGCUGACCGAAAUCGAGGUGGAGCAGCCUGUCUAUAUUAACUCUUUGGCCAAGGGAAGCACGGCGAUGGGCAAGGCGUUCCGGCUGGUGGGGAAGAUGCUCCUUGAUGAAAGAGAGCGGCAUGGACUGGAUUACACCGACAUCAUCGUGAUCAACGUCAGCGACGGAAGUCCCUGGAGCCACGAACUGAAAUUCAAGGAGAGGGACCUGGCGGUGGGGGAGGCGCAAGCUUUAAUGAGGAACGGCACCCUGAUUUAUAACGCACAUAUAGGGAACGGACAACCCAGGCUGAUCUGUCCGGACCGUGUUGACUCUUCCGACGGACGGCAGGCGGGAUUCCUGUUCGACAUAUCCUCCGAAAUCCCGCAAUGCUAUCUCGACACGGCCCGGAAAUUCGAUCUUUUUCUGGCCGACGGCGCGCGCGGGUUCGUGAGCAAUGCAUCACCGGACGUGUUGAUCAAAUUCAUCAACUUCGGGAGUUCUGGCGCCUUCACGAAGGACAGGACGGCAUAA